UCCCUCCAUGCACUCCUCUGCAUAGCCUGGAGAGAGCCUGUCGGUUGACGACUCGAUUCCGACCAAUGACACGCCGUGUCUGUAAGGCGCAGGACCAGUUUCACCAAUAACAGAAGGCACUGGGCGGGACAUAUAUAUAGAAAAUCACUGGCGCUGGAGAGAGACAGACGCAUCCGUGGAAAGGACCCGUGAGACGAGACAGGUACCAAAGGAUCAUUCUCGGCAUGGACGUGUCAGAGUGACCAGCUGCAGACACUGUCGCUUCGUCCACCUGAUCCACCACCGAGCAUGUCUACUCCAGAAGAAGCCGGCCAGCGUGAGGAAGGGGAGUACGGAAGGGCGGCUAAACGGCUCAAAACAGAGGAGACGGAGGCGGAUGAGAGAGAGGAGGGGGAAGAGGAGCUGGAGGAAGGAGAGGAUUCGGACUCCGGAUCGCUACCCGGUAACGGAGAGUCGGCGACAGACAAUCGGGCCCGGUGGAGCGCGAGCCAAUUCGGAGCAGGGCUGAGGGAUAAUGGCGAGGACUCCCAUCGUAUCUCUCCCAGUCCCGUGGUGCACGUUCGGGGUCUGUGUGAGGCUGUGGUGGAGGCAGACCUGAUAGAUGCCCUGGAAAAGUUUGGACCCAUAUGUUAUGUGAUGAUGAUGCCAUUCAAGCGUCAGGCCUUGGUGGAAUUCUCUGCAGUGGAGAGUGCAGACCGCUGUGUGUCCUGUGGAGCCAAGGAGCCAGUAUACAUUGCAGGUCAACAAGCAUACUUUAAUUAUUCCACAUCCAAAAGAAUCACCAGGCCUACAAAUGCUGACAACCCCAACAGUGGGAACAAAGUGCUCCUGCUGUCCAUACAGAACCCACUCUACCCUAUAACAACGGAUGUUCUGUACACUGUAUGUAACCCCAUUGGCAGUGUGCUAAGGAUCGUCAUCUUUAAACGAAAUGGAAUCCAAGCCAUGGUGGAAUUUGAGUCGGUUCAGUGUGCUCAGAAGGCGAAAGCAGCUCUGAAUGGAGCUGACAUCUAUGCAGGUUGCUGUACACUAAAGAUUGAAUAUGCAAGGCCAACACGUCUGAAUGUUAUUAAGAAUGACAACGAGAGCUGGGACUACACAAAACCAUACCUGGUCAGACGAGUGUGUCGAAGCAGCAUGCAGUAAUCCCCAGCCAGGUUUUUGAGUUAGAGGAUGGCAGCAGCAGCUAUAAGGACUUUGCUAUGACCAGAAACAAUCGCUUUAGCAGUGCCGGACAAGCCUCCAAAAACAUCAUCCAGCCUCCAUCUGCAGUGUUGCACUACUAUAACGUUCCUCCGUGCAUAUCACAGGAUCAUUUACUGAGGCUGUGCACGGAGCAUGAUCUGCCUGGCUUUGUCAAAUUUAAGAUGUUUGAUGCCAAACCCUCUUCUAAGACCAUCUCCGGCUUGUUGGAGUUUGACAGUAAGACAGAGGCUGUGGAGGUUCUUACUGUUCUCAACCACUACCAGAUUAGGAUUCCCAAUGGGUCCAACCCAUACACACUCAAACUGUGUUUUUCCACCUCAUCACAUCUAUAAAGAGCUACCGAGCUUAAAGAGAGCUGCUGGACCUGCUGAUAGCUGACCUCUGACCCAAGGAGGGAGCAUGAAAGGCAGACGCGAAGAGGAGUGAGGCAGAGAGAAACCGAGAUGAGAAUAAUAAAGGAUGGAAAUGGACGGGUAUUUAUAGAGUGCUUUUCUAGUCUUACUGACCAAUCAAAGCACUUUGAGUUUGAUGGCCACCAAAGAAGAACGUGGUAAUGGACACUCUGAGGAAUCCACUCUACAUUUAGACGUCUGUAAAGGCAACUGAAGUCACAUUUUAUGUUUAAAAAAAAUGUAAAAAAAAAUUAAAAAUGGAAACAAUUUUAACUUGCUGUCAUUUAAGGUUUCUUAGUGUUACAUAAACUUGCUGCCCUGUGGGAGCUAAGCUUACAGGCCGAGCUUUCACUGCAGUGCUUGGUCAGCAUGAGAUGCGUAGCUAAUUUAUGAGUUUACUAUAAAAAUAAUAACACAUGACAUCUGGAGGAAUCAUGUUAGGAAUGUCAUCAAGGUUUCAAUGACUAUUUAUGUUUAUCAGAAACAAAACUUUAUUGUUCAUGUAAAAAAUCAGAACCGCGUCUGGUUUAUUUUAGCCUAACCUGAAGAAAUGAAUCCAAUAUGUAGACUAACUUGUAGAGAAGAAACACUCUCUGUCAUGAUAUUUGCUGAGAAACUUCAGAGGACGAUACACAUUUUAUACACCUCAAGUGUCCCGAAGCAGCCCACGUCAGAAACCUGUCUAAUGACAUAUUAAUAAGCAGCUUGGAAUGAGUUUCCAUGUCUGGACAUGUUAAAAAAUGAGAUGUUGACAUCGACUGAAAACAUUUUUCUUACAUUUUAAAGUGGAUCAAAGUUAUUUUCCCCACUUAAUGUGAGUUUAAAAUGAGUCUACUGACGUUUUCCCCAGAAUUCUGUGCAUAUAUCUGUAGAUCUUUUAAUAUAUCAGUAUUUGAAUUACUGUACACAGAAAAUUGUAGUGGGUUUUAUUAGAGUCAGCUGCAACCUCUUGUGUUUUCUGUAUAAAUAGAAAUCAAUUGCGUGCUGUGUCCAUUUGAGGUCAUUUUAGAAUCAAAAUGUAUGUUAUUGUCACAGAGUUGCUGGACUCUCCUUUAUUGUAACAGUGAAAUAGAUGUGAACUGAAAACAGUGCAAAUCUACAGUCCAGAGAUCAGAAUAUGAGUUAUUCUUGUUUAUCUGAUUCAGGACUUCUUUGAUCUGUAGCAAGCUGAAAACAACAUUAGCCACGAGUCUGAGAGGAGGCUUCUGCAUGUAACUGCACUCAAUGCUUCUUAGAUGAUUAAACUGGGGAUACUGGACACAUUGCAUCAGCUUGUCAGCAUGAUCUUUAAAUGUCCCUGCUGUUACCUUAAGAUAACAUGUUUUCAGUUGUAACAGGAUGUAAACUACCUGUGUUGAUAUAUAUGGAAAUGGCAAUUUUAUUUAUGCAGCACACGUGCUAAAACCCGUGUACCUUUACAAUGCCUUAAGGCAACGAGAACCACAAAAUAUAAGUUUAAAAAGCAGAAAAAAGUCAAAUAAAAAACACCCGCUGAGUGAAGGCCUGUGUAACUAAAAAGGUGUUGAGUGAGCACAGCUUUGACUGAUCUCAGGUCAGCAAGCAGCAGGACGUCAAAAAUAGAAAAUAGCAUCCUUACAUCUAAUAUUGUGAUCAAACAGUUAAAAGAUGUGAACCUGAAGACCUGAGCUUUAACUUGAAAUGCGCUGUGGCUCAUUCCAGUAUAAAAUGCGUUGAUGUUGAAAAAAGAAUAACAGAAGUACCAUUUGUCCAAGCAGAAAAGAAAAACGUAAAUGUUGGAAUCUGACACUUUUACAAGAGCAGAGGGAUCACAUCUAACCUGGGAGGAAACAUUUCCUGAUGGUUGUGGUCUUUUCCAGGAUCACAUAAGGGCUUACUGUGUGUGCGUCAUGUGACAUUUCACCCACAGUCACAUGAUCUCGAGCCAUUUUAACACCGGUGGGGGAUUUUGGACCUUUGAGUUGGACAGUGCUCUCCUGCAUUACGCUACUAACAAUGAUGAAAUCAGAUUUGGAGGAAUGCUCGUCAUCACUUAUGCUGGAUUUUAGAGAUUUGGAGAAUAAAUAUCAGGGAGAGUUUGAAUCAUUAAGUGUCCCAAACUCGAUCUCUUAAUUGCAUCUUCAUCAUACAAAUAUGUGAUCUGUUUGCACAACAGUUACUGAGGACAGAAGGAAAAACUCGUAAUAAAAAGCAUUUUAAUUUGUGCAAUAUUCCGUCUGUUAAUCUCAAAUCUAAGGUAAAAAAGGUAAAACUGUUUUGGAUCAAAUACAAAUGACAAAGAGCCAAGUGUCUCUGUUUAAUCAGACUCACGGAUUCUAGAACUGAGGCGUCCUUGUUGUAAAUAAUAUUUGAACAUAAGCAAUAAUAACAGACAAGUUGUUGCUUAUGUACUUGCUGUGUAACAGUUGUAAAUGGGCACUAAGAGGUUUGUAUGUAACGUGCUGUUUCUACAGUGAUUUCAUUUGUUUUUUGGUUAUUUUGGGGUGUUUUUGGACAAAUGAGGGCCUUUGAGUUCUUAACCCUCUCAGCACUGAAAUAACAGAAAUGUUAUAUUUUUGUUACUAAAUAUAGUUACAUGGGUUACUUGUGUUCAAAAUGUUACAUUCAGAUGAUGGAAUUCGCUGUUACAUACUAACUUUUAUCUUUUAGUUCUGCAUUUGUUCUUUUGUAAAGUGUGAACGACCCAGUGCAGCAGUAAAAUGUAAACCGUGGCAAAAGCCUGAGUGUUAAUCACAUAACUGAUGGUUUGAGACAAGGAAGCAGGUAUAAGUUAUGAUUUUAAGACAGUAAAUGUUUGAUAUUGUUAACAGUUUGUUGUCAUUAAAAAAAUCCUAAAACAA